GACGUCCGCCAAUCCGCGCGUUCAAUGGUUGUUUUGGUGCGAGGUCGGAGUCGUGCGACGUCACCGCAUUCGUCCCUGGCAGGUCACAAGGGCAGGGUGACUGCUACACUCACUCAGGAGAUAAAAACUAGCGUUCCAACCUUUCCAGACUAGUUACCAGCAGCUCACUCAACCAGACAACUUAAGAGUUUUUAGUUAUUCAACCAUCGCUUUCUAUUGGGUCUGAUUGUCACUUUACCUGUCUGUUUGAUGUAGAAUCAAGCGUGCUUACUGAACUUCUGCUUUUAAUUUUUCAUUUCUGGAAUUGAACUUAAGAAACAUCAAGUCAUCAGUGGACUGUUCUGACAAUUUUGGGAAAGAAACACAAACUGCUUUAGCGGUCAAGUAAUCUAAAACAUCAUCAUCUUCACCAAGAAAACCUCGAGAAUAAACGUGUCCAAGAAGUAAUGGAAUCUAAGGAGGUGAUUGAGGUUAAAAUGACAAAACCAGAGAAAUCCGACUCAUUUGAAGUUAUUACUCCAAUUAAGCAUGAGAAGAUGAAGAAAUCAGCUUUGGAUGUAUCAAACAUGGUUGGCCCAUCUCGUCCAAAGAGCGCGUCGUCAAGCGAUGUUAGCCAGCCUGAGGCGGGAGGCAAGCCUCUCGAUCUCACUUAUUCUGCCAUCGUGAGUGCAUCUCAGUUGAAGGGCGUUUAUCCAUACUCUGCGAUGCUACCCGCCGCCGCUGCCGCAGCCGUCUCGGGAUACUCCUACAGCGAGCCGACAUUGGCUGCAUCUGCCGUGGCAUCGUAUGCCGGCUAUCCCGCCCUCAUCAACUACCCCGUCGCCGAGAACUCUGGUGCUACAUCGCAGUCGCUUUCCAGUCUGCGACUUUCAGCUCUGCUCGCCUCUCGUCGACGUCGAGCUGCUUCCGUCGCUGAUGUAAAGCCCGAUGAGCCUUCAAGAAAGAAGGUCAAACCAGUGCCGGAUGAAAAGAAAGAUAUUGCUUACUGGGAGAGAAGGAGGAAGAACAAUGAUGCGGCGAAGAGAUCACGAGAUGCAAGGAGAAUGAAGGAGGAAGAAAUUGCAAUCAGAGCAGUUUAUCUUGAACAGGACAACAUGAAACUCCGAGCUGAAGUGUCUAUUCUUAAAAGUGAACUUGCAAGGUUGCAUUACAUGGUUUACAACUGCUAAUGAUGUAUUUAUCAAG